UCAAAUAAGGCAACGGCUAAAAAUCAAUAUGAAAUAGAAUAUCAUGUGUGCGUUUAUAUCCAUAUGGUACAUGAAGAAUAAUCAAAAUGGUGAAAUGUCCCGACUGCUCGGCUGAGUUUCUUAGUAAAGGUGAGAGGUAUCGCCAUAGACGACACAUCCAUGGCUACGUUACCUGUACAUGUGGCAGACUGUUUCUUAAGCAUGGAGAUAUGCAGCAGCAUUUAGAUAUGAUUAUUAAUCACACAUUAGGAACGGGUAAUUUCCAAUGUGUUGAUUGUUUAAAGCGUUUUGGAAAAAGAAAGCAUCUUAGAGAUCAUAUGAAUCAGAAAGGGCACGAUGGCGUGAGUGGAAUGCCAAUUGAAACUUCUAACCACUACAAUGAUUUAUAUUUGUUACAAAGCAGCGAGCUCGACACAUUUAUUGCUGACCAUAUACAAGCGGAUACUCAAUUUAUCAGUUGCUGUGGAGUCCAGAUAGAUGGUCUUGUUCGUCAUUUGCAUGACAUGUCUGGAAAGCUUCAACCAAAACGAGUCAUUAAGGCUGGGUCAUUAGGUAAAGGGACUGCUGUGAAGAACAGAUCCGAUAUAGACCUUGUUAUGAUGCUGAACAACUACACAAAUGUUGAAAAAUUGAUGAUCGAUUUGCCAGACCUUCUAAAGAAACUUGAGCGCUACCUGUUACAAUAUGCGCAGUCACAUCAUCGAAGAAGUGUACGUACACGCUAUUCUGUGCAAAUUGAGAUAACAUGUAGUUUUGGGCAUACGCAUGAUGCCGACAUAUUACCUGCGGUGGACUUAUUGGGAUUAGGAUAUACUCCAAAAGAAAUAUUUCAAAAGAUGAAAUACGCUACUGAAGCAAAUAUUCAUGAGUACUCGGUGUCACUGGCGCCUCUACAGGUAGAAAUUAUAAAACAGUUACCAGCAAAAGUAAAGUCCUUGAUAAAACUAUUAAAGUACUGGAAAAACGAAAAGCUGAAGAAGAGUAACGAGGCUGAAAUGCCAAGCUUCGCCGACAGAAGAAACUGUAGCCAAAAAUGGCCAAGUUCUUACGCUUUAGAACUUGUGGUUAUAGGCUCAUGGAACGAUGCAGGGAACCCGGACAAAUUUGAAAUGACACAUGCCCUUCAUGCUGUUCUGAAAUCCCUUGUAAACCACAAUGACUUUCGAAUUGUUUUACAGAGACAAAUGGAAUAUAGCAUGGACAUGGUCGAUACAAGUGAAAUGCCAUAUAUCAUGGACCCUGCAAAUCCGUUUAACGACAUGUAUCACGGCCUUGUUGACGGUCAAGCUUUUGAUUGGGACAAAGUAGUGAAGAAAGCCAAAUGCUGGCUUAGUAAACCCUUAUUCUCAGAUGUCAACACUUCAAAGAAAUGGUAACACAAAAUGCUCGAUGGACAAUGCAACAUAGAAAUAAUUAUUGAUACACCUUAUUAAAUCUAACAAUUGCACUGUCAGCAUUUACGACAACUGUUCCAGUAGAAAACAUAAUUGGAUUCAAUUUAAUGUUUUUUCCAGAGUCCAAAAGGUCGCUGUCUAGUUUCCUUUUAAUUUUUUGAGAGUAAAAAUCCAUAUUUAAUCCUUUUUGUAACUGAGGUAUAAAUUUAUAAUAAAAUAUCAAAAAAUGAUGGUGUGGAAUAAAGAGGUCAUUGAAAAUGGUUGAGAACAAUAAUGAUUCAAUUGAAUUCGUACAGAGCUGCAAAACCUGUAUCAGUCUCGACUUUCCGUGCAAUAUAGUUUUGACAGCUAUGUACUCGUCCAUUAGGAUUCGGUUUUGUACUCAACAAUAUGUAAUAAUCUGGUAAAUUUACGCUAAGAAUGUCAUCAUGGCGUUUUAUGAGUUACUUAGUUAUAGUUGUUGUAAAUUGAUUUUAUAUUCAUUAUUGUCAGACGUUUAUAUUGCUUUAUCAAUAUUUAUUGCAAAAACUACUAGUAGUUGAUUUACUUUAUUUGUACUUUUUUUUUAUAUUUUUAAGAAGUUCGGGCAUAUCAAAAAUUAAUAACUUAUACCGAUGUAUAUUAUCGUGUAAAAUCAAACUUUGAUAACAAUACCGUAGUUUGAAUUGGAUUCAAUUAUUUAACUUAAUUAUAAUCAUUUUUGACAUAAUGUUAACACAAUCUGUAUUUCAAUUUUCAGAAAAUAAUUUAAACACUAGACCUUAAGUAAUAAUAGCGUAAAAUCUUCUCUUGAAAGGUUUAGUCUCAGCACAACAUUAUUGUUAUGUGUGCGUGUCAAUAGUGUUUAGUUUCUUCUAUUGAUCAUUUUUCCUGGUGAGUGGUUCCAAUAUUCCUAAUUAAAUAUUUGCCUGCUUUUUAAUUUGUCUUUUGACGUCUAAUCUGUGAUAUGCAAGGUUUCAUAACCUCUGACCCCCUUUCAAAAUUACAUUAUUUUUAGUCCCGCCCAUUGUUUUCUCGUUUUUGGACACAUUCUUUUAAUUUGAGACCAAACGUCGCUUUUCAUAGAAUGGUACUAACGUGUCACAUUGAAGGUUCGAUGGUAAUCGCCGUGUGAAUACAUCUGCGGAUGUUUCUAACUUCAAAAUGUCACCAUUUGCGUGUUUAAAUGUUGAAUUCUGCUUAAGCCGAUGCUAGAGCGCGUGGAAGGUAACUUACAUUUUCCAGUACCAUUCAUUAACAUGCUUAAUCAAACCGAGCCUGUAACAUUUUCAAUAAUGUCGUUUUGGACGUUCUUUAGGGAUUCUUUUUUCUCUAUUUCAUAUGCAUAUGCAAUGUCUGGAACAUGGUUUAAAUCAAGCUACAUUUUAACCCAUAGACGGACAUGUAUGAAUGUUAUUUGUAUGUUUCAUAACUCCUAUUUUAUUAUGUGAUGUUUACAUUAUUGCCAAAAUUUGUUUGUGUAUUACAUUAUAUUAUAAGCCUUCAGUCAGAAACUGUUCGCAUUAUUUAAGCUACUUUCU